AAAUGAACACUGCUGGACACAGCAUUUUAUUUUUCAAAAUAUUAUUUUUAAAUCCUGUUAAAUACAGGAUGGAUGGCAACUCAUCCAUCCGUCAUCCACCGCUUAUCUGGGUCCAGGUCAUGGGGGCAGCAGUCAGAGCAGACAUGUCCAGACCUCCCUCUCCUUAGCCACCUCCUCCAGCCCCGGGGAGAUACCCAAGAGUUCCCAGGCGAACAAAAGAUAUUGUCUCACCAGCCUGUCCUGGCUCUGCCACGGGGCCUCCUCCUGGUUGAACACCCUAGACAGAUGCCCAAACGACCUCAGCUGGCUCCUUUCAAUGCAGAGGAGCAGCAGAUCUACUUUGAGCCCUUCCCUGAUGUACAAGGCCCUCACACUAUCUCUAAGGCUGACCCUAGAGACCCAGUGAAGGAAGCUCAUUUCUGCCACUUGUAUCCACAAUCUCAUUCUUUUGGUCACUACUAGGUGGCAAGUGUAAGAUUAAAAAUUUAUUUACAAGGUUGGAUGGGGCCCCCUUUUAGCAGAGGCCCCUGGGAUUCAGCCCAGGUAAGCCUGUGCACGGAAGUGUCCCUGGCCUUAGGUCAGUCUGUACAGAAUAUUCAUGUCUCGUCUCCCAUAACCCACUUUAAGCAUCUGACUAUGAAAAUGUGUGAGUGUGGGUGACUUAGGGCCCUGCAAUGAACUUGCAUCCAAAUCCAGGUGUGUCCAGCCUUUUGCCCAGCACCUCCCAACAGAGACCCAGAAUUACUCUGAAGACACUGAAAUUUUCAUCCAACUAAGCAGCAAACUGAAUUAGCUAAUUGACUUAGAAUUUAUAUUGUUAAAGUUCUCCAGUAAGAUAAUAUUUUAACUUGGAAAAAUUGUGUUUCAUGUCUUUCGUUUUUUUCAGCAUGGCACAGAGAAACUUGACCUCCGUUGUAACAGAGUUUGUCAUCAUUGGAUUUCCUGGGCUGGAUUCAAAAUAUUACAGUUUAAUGGCCACUGGAUUUUUCAUCAUCUAUGUAACGGCAGUAGCAGAAAAUUGCUUCCUUGUGGUGCUCUUUGUGCUACAGCCCAGCCUCCAGAAGCCCAUGUACAUCAUCAUGGUGAGCCUCGCCCUCUCCGACAUUGGCUUCUGCACCGUGGCACUGCCAAAGGUCAUAGCCAGGUACUGGUUUGACGAUGGAACCAUCUCGUUUCACGUCUGCCUGUUUCAGAGGCAGAUGCUACAUUACUUUGGAACCCUCACCUCUCUCAUCAUGCUGAUCAUGGCACUAGACCGCUACGUGGCUAUCUGCUUCCCACUCAGGUACCCUGCACUAAUGACAAAAAGAGCGAUGGGCUUCCUCAACGGGUUUGCCUGGGUGAUGGCCUUGAUCUGCCCAGGUAUCACCACCAUCCAGUCCUCCCAGAUGUACUUCUGUGGAUCGAACCAGAUCCUACACUGCUUCUGUGACACUGUAACAAUAAAUAGGCUCGCUUGUGGCGACAUCAGCAUGCAAUCCACAGUCGCAUUAGCCCUGGCAUCAUUUGUGUUAAUGGUGCCCUUCUCUCUCAUCAUGUUGUCCUACGCCCACAUCAUCAUUGCCGUCCUCCGCAUCGCCAGCAUGCAGGGUCGGCUGAAGGCCAUUUCCACCUGUUCCACCCAGUUCUGCGUCAUCGGUACAUAUUACAUUCCUCGCUUAUUUGUCUACAUGUCAACAAUAAACACAGACGCUCGUAUAGGGCUGGUACUAAUUUACAGCCUUCUGCCCCCCUUGGGUAACCCCCUAAUUUACUGCUUCAGGACAACAGAGAUUAAAAAUAUUUUGCUAAAACUCUUUUGUCGAAGGCACACAGUCAGUCAGGAGGCUAAAGUUUCAGCUGUUUCCAGUUGAGAUGAGGCAGAAAGGUGAUCAGCAUUUUCUGAAUUAUAAAACCAUGAAAAGUAGUGCAUUUGUUUCUGAAUACAAUUACAUAAAUAUGCUAAUAUAAUUGUUUUGUGAAUUUCUGAAUUUUAACAUUUUGAAUUUGAUAGAUCAGGGGAAAUUAAUCUCUCUCUGACCUUUACCCUAUGUAACAGCUGAUAUAGUUGUCUAUUAC